AUCGAUACAAUUUUCAUUUUUGGCUCAACUAUUUCUUUAAGAGCUCCUGGGGAAACAAAUAAAAACAUACACUGCUGCUCUUUUCUACAGAAUUUGAUUACCACGAGUAUAAGGCACAGAGCAUCUAAAGAAAGCACAAUUUAAUGUGCCAGACGUGAGAGGACACAUCAGUGAAAUGGUGUGUUAUGUUACAUUUUUAGCCUUUUUAUAUAAACUGCAUAUGUAUUUAUGACAUUGUUUACCUUGAGGCAUGCAAAUCUUCACAGAUUGAUGCAACAGCAUGCAGAUACUAUUGACAAUGAGCUUGUGUCAAAAUGAUGAUGAAGACAUUGGCCUAGAUGUUUGAUCUUUAUUUGAAGACAUUAUUCACUGAACAAUGAUCACCAGCUCGGUACAUCAGUAGUCUUAAAAUGUCAAACUUCCAUAUAUAUUUGUUCAGGAAAGUUUCUAUAUUAAUGAUAUGGAAAAAGUGGAUGGAAAAAGCCUUAUAGUGUCUUCACUCAACGCUCAGUAAAGUAAAGUGUCUACAUUUAAUGAGACACCUGAGCUUAUUUGUCUUUCACAGGUUUUUAUAGUUCUGGGGGCAAUUAUGGUGAAACUUUCUCAAAGAAGAACAAGCAGCAAAUUUCUUUACAAUACAGAAUUUAUGACUCGAAUACAAAUAACAAACACUAAGUCUGUCUCUUUCAUUCUCUCAAUAUCUUUCUAGGCUGUGGGCUGGAGUUCCUGCUGGUACUCUGUGGGCUGGAGCUCUCCUGGUCCUGCCCACGUCACUGCAUUUGCUACAUGGCCCCAAGCACUGUCAGCUGCCAAGCCCACAACUUCCUGUCCGUCCCGGAAGGCAUCCCUCCACACAGUGAGCGCAUCUUCCUCCAAAACAACAAGAUCCAUCGACUGCUGCGGGGCCACUUUAGCCCUACAACAGUUACUCUUUGGAUUUACUCCAACAAUAUCACGUAUAUCGAACCAACUACUUUCCAAGGGUUCACCUUGCUGGAGGAAUUGGACCUAGGAGACAAUCGCCACCUACGUUCACUGUCUGCAGAAACCUUUCACGGGCUCAACCGGCUCCAUGCCCUCCAUCUAUACCGCUGUGGCCUCAGUGCACUGCCGAAUAACAUCUUCCAGGGUCUCCGCAACCUCCAGUAUCUCUACUUGCAGGACAACCAUUUGGAGUAUUUGCAGGAUGAUAUUUUUGUGGACUUGCACAACUUGAGCCACCUGUUUCUUCACGGGAACCGACUGUGGAGCCUGCACCAAAAUACAUUUAGAGGACUGGGUGCUUUGGACCGGCUGCUACUUCACCACAACCAACUUCAGUCGGUGGACCGCCUGGCAUUCCAUGACCUGCGACGGCUCACUACCCUCUAUUUGUUCAACAACUCCUUGACAGAGUUAGCUGGAGAGUGUCUGACCCAGCUACCUGCACUGGAGUACCUUCGCCUCAACGACAACCCUUGGGAGUGUGAUUGUAAGGCUUUAUCACUGUGGGACUGGCUCAAAAAGUUUCGGGGGUCCACGUCGUCAGUGGGUUGUGUAGCACCGGUAGAACUGGCAGGCAAAGAUCUGAAGCAGCUGAAGAAAGAGGACUUCCCAAAUUGUUCUGGAUCGGAAUCCCUGCACCAAAGUAAGAUCAAGACUUGGGCAGGAACGGAUAAAGUCUCACUGAAGCCUCCACAAACACACCCACACCACCCCCAACUGAAUGAACAAUACCCUUCCCCUCCCUCUCCCCUACCGCAACCACCCCCUGCCAUAAAUGGUGUACAUGCAGGACCGGGAGGGACUCUGGGCAUAGUCCCUGCUCAGAGGCCAGGCCGCUCUCGGAACUGCACACGCCAACGUGUCAGGGGCAGCAAGGGAAAGGGACCUAAUGAGGUCCACAUCCUAAAGGAGAUGGCGGAUAAGGAGUACUCCUCUCCCGAUUUCACCGGGAAAUAUGAUGAAACAUCUUCUGAUGGUUCAAACACCCGCAGAAAGCACAAAUGUACCCCCCGGACCUCUGUGCAACCCCCUAGUGGGGUCCAGCAAGCCAACAACUGGGGACACUCUCAUCAUACACAUUUCUUUCUCUCUAAUAUUCUGGGACUGCUUGUGUUCAUUCUGCGCUGAACUAUGAUGCUGGAGCAUCGUGGCAUCAAGGAUACGCCGCAGUCCCCAGAUCAGCUCUAGCUCCAGCAUUACCAGGCCUAAUAAUGUGUGUAUGUUUGUAUGUGUGAGUGAUAAUGUGUACUACAUUGUAUAAGGAGCUUUGCCAUUUAGACUGAAAUAAAUGAAGACUGAACACCGGAUGUUAUCAAAUAAACUCCAAAUUUGGGAGUACAAGAAGAAUAGUGAAGCAAACUGAACAUGCUUGCACUGCCACUGUAGUUCUUUUUUUUUUUUUUUUUGUCCUUUGUUGGUCUGGUCUAUCCCCCUCUAAAUGGAAAACCAAUUCAAUGAAAGGAAGCACAGAUAACCAAAUAAAUGUAUAGAAAGAAUGCGUAAUAGGAGGCACAAGUUAGCAACAUAAAUGGAGAUUGUGUUUAGAAAGCAUGUCCUACUGCUUCACCAUAUAGAAACAAACAUAUAGGAGAUCAUCAAAUGCUCCUAUUUCUAUAAGUACACUGUCCUGUGUUAAAUAUAUUACAUUAUUGCCAAAUAGAGGCACAAAUAUAUCACUGCAAAUUCUCCUAUGUUCAGGAGUUUCAACCAUUGGUAGGACUUGCUUUCUUCUCCGAAGGAAUAUUAUACACAGAAUGAUGUGAAACAAAAAGUGUUAUAUGAAAUUAAAAAGUGUUAUAAAAAAAUCCUAAACUGAAUAGCCAGUACAUAAGCACAUCCAUUCUCCUUUCCUUAGAAAAGUUAAGGCCUAAAUACAACAUUAUUUUCACUUUAGAUGAUUGUUUGUUUUUGUUGCCCUUUCAGUAACUUCCUAUAUUUAUUUUUCAUAUUUUCUUUGCUUUUGCCCUAAAAACUUGACUUCAGGUGAAUCACACUUAUUUUGUAUUGUAUUGUUUUAUAACAGAACAUAAAAGCCAAUGGUUAUACUAGCUGCUAUAUUGUUUAUAGAAGCAAAUGAGACCCAUUUUACCUCAUCUGCUUCCAAAAAACACAAUUUGUCUGUGUGCGUGUGUGUGUGUGUCCAGUAUAAAAAGCUAUGAAAAAAAAUAGAGUUGUGUUUGUUUCUUGUCCUCUGUGUUGUUAGUUUUGUUUGGCUGUGACUCAGAGGACUUAGAAAUGGACUGCUGAUGGGGGCGUCGACUCUGGAGGGGACACAGGUCUAAUUGAAGUGAACUCUAUUUUGAAAAGCGCCUUCAGCCUAAGCCCGCCAUUGAAAACAUAGACACCUCUCUUUCUUAGAAGCGGUGUGAAAUCAACCGUUUUAACAAGACAGACAAGAAGAAAAGAAAACAACAAUAAAAAACACACACAAAAACUAAAUGUAUCUUUAAGAGACUCAAUGACAAAAAACACAUUUCGAAUUUAGCAUGGCUAAAAAAAAGACCUUUUGCAGCCAUCGGCCUGCUUGAUUGCCUCUACAGUGUCUGCUGUGAAUGCAAAUGGGAGACCAAGAAAGGGACAAUCACCUGAACACUUGGGACACUACGGAUGACAGACAGUCUGCUGUCACAGAUGCUGUGGAGUACAGGAGAAUUAUGCCUCCUGUUCUAAGAAACACUUUGUAAAAAUAAGGAGAACUGUAUCAUCACAAUCUGCAAUGGAAAUAUUAAUCAGUACUAUGACACAGACAUCAUUAAUGACAUUUCUGAUUACAACAGGGUUCCUAAAUCUCUGAAGAACCUCUCUUCAUAAGGCAAUUAUUAUUUUUAUAAUUAUUAUGAUUUGAUUUAUUUUCCUUUAGUUGUUUUUUUUUUGUUGUUGUUGUUAUUUGUUUGUUUGUUUACACAUUUAUUUGGUAUGUCCGUAGGGCACCAUUUUCUGACUAAACUGCACAAUCCAGUCUGCUCUCGUCCCUCCCUUUCUCUCUCUUCUGUGUCUCUCCAUCCUAGUGAUUUGACUUUUAAUGAGUCAUUCUCAAAAAACAAGAAAAAAAUGUUUAUAAAGAUAUUAAAAUCUAUAUCUUCUUAUGUUAAAUGUGUUGUUUACAUUACUUUGCUUGUGUGUUUUCUAGAUGCCAAUGUGGCCCGACAGAAGAUGCCUUUUUACAUACUUCCACCUCUCCUUGCCUUAAAUAUUCAUUUAAAAUUUGGAUAUUUGAUAAGUGAAAAAGAAUGUAUAUACUGAAACGUAUUUGAAAUACAUUUACUUUAAUGCUAAGUCAAGCGAUAUGUCAGUAAUUAUUUUAAUAGAUUUAAACUAAAUUUAUUUUAAAACUCAAAU